CAAGGCACCGCGAACCUUUACAGUGCGCUGCCCGCGGUCACCGACGACCACAGGUGCACCGCGGCGGCUUCGGGAUUGUUCGCGUCUGCCAGUGAGCCCACGCCGCCGGUGCCCCCUCGGGGCGGGGGGGAGGCAGCCUCUCUUCGGGCCGGUGAGCACCGCUGAAGUCCGACGAGCUUCCUGUCACCAAGCGCCGACGCCAAUAUGGCAUCCGGACCGUCGGACCAGUCCGACGUCCUGCAAGAGGAGCUCACGUGCCCCGUGUGCUUGGACGUCUUCCACGACCCGCACCUGCUUCCGUGCGGCCACAACUUUUGUAAGAUGUGCCUGGAUCGGCUGCGGCGCUUAACGGACCAGAGCCGGUUCCAGUGCCCGGAGUGCCGCGACAGCCACCGCUGCAACAGGAGCUUCCAGAAGAACUUCAAGCUGGCUAACAUCGCUCUCGAUUUUCGCCGUCGACGUCGAGCGGCCGCCGUCGACGCGACGGCUCAGCCUCCCAGAGAGUGCGUCGCGUCCACCCCGACCGGCCAGCAAGAUUACGUUCCGUGCGACUACUGCCCUCCGCCGUCCGGCGCCGGCGCCUCUGCGGACGCUGGCUUCUCGCAGGAAAGAGGCGACAUGCAGGAGAGUGCCGCCCCCUCCGGCGUGGCAGUCAAGAUGUGCCUCAAGUGCGAGGUGUCCAUGUGCCCGGAGCACGUCAAGCCGCACCUGGAGCUGCCGGCGUUCCGAGAGCAUCCGCUCACAGAACCCAUGAGGGACUUCUGGAAGAGAAAGUGUCCCGAUCACGACGAGAUCUUCAGGUACUACUGCCUCGACGACAAAGCGUGCGUGUGCAACGCGUGCACCAUCGAAGGGCGACACCUGGGCCACACAAUCAAGACCCUGAAGAACACCAUGAAAGACAUCAAGCAGGAGGUUUUGAACAAACAGCUCCACAAGACAGAGAAGAAGUACGGCAUGGCCAAGAAGAAGCUUCACGAGCAGACGGAGAAGGAGAGACAGAACAAGAAGUUCUUGGAGGAUGCCGAGGGGUGCCUGGCCAGGCUGCGUCAGGAUCUGGAGGAGAAAGUGUCGGCCUUCGUGAGCCGACUGAUGCAGUGCACGCGUACCAACUGCGAAACCAUCGGGCCCGCCAUCCAGAAGAACAUCUCCCGCAUCUGCCAGGACCUGGCUCGACUCCGCGAGGUGCGUUGCGGCAUCAAGAGCCUCGUGCAGGAAAACGACCCGUUCCGCUUCAUCGAGGCCUACAAGACCACAGGACGACAAUGCCGUAAACAGCUGAAGAAGAGCAUGUUCUACCCGGAAUACGUGGACAUGGAUCCGGGGCUUCUGGGCAUCAUGAUGGAGGAGGAACUGCAAAAGUUCCUCGACCUGGAUCUUACGUUUUACGUCUUUGCAGCCAUCAACUUCAUAUGUCAACGCUCGGAUAUUGCGGAGGAGCGGGGCGAAAACGAGGACGUCGCCAGGCAGGCAGAUGACGACGACGACGACGACGACGACGACGACGACGACAACGGCGAUGACAGCAGCGAGGAAGAGAUGAGCGGGGAUGAGGAAGAAGAGGAAGAGGGAGAGGAGGAGGAGGAGGAGAACGAAGGCCAUGAACUGAGUGAGUCUGAUGAUGAACUUUACAUUCCUGAGGAGGAAGAGGAAGCUCAGGAAGAGGAGGAAGAGGAUGAUCGGGAAGAGGAGGAGGAUGACGACGAUGAGGAGGAUGGCGAAGAGAGAGAUUAGACGCACACACACGCACACAAUGCUGAAUGUAGAAUCCAAGGAUGUAACUCCAUACUGUGAUUAUUUUUUUAAUUUCAUUUUUUUUCAAAUCACAUUGCUGGGUAUUUUCCCUCAUUGAACUCUUAAUUAAACACAGUUGUUUUGAAAAGGCAAGGAUUCUUGGUUGGAAACUCGAUUCAAACCUCGUGUGAGGUUUUCAUUGUUUGCGUGGCUUUCCCCCUCCCACAUUUCAAAAACAUUCAUUAUGGGUUGACAUGUGACGUCAGCUGGGGUAAGCAGAAACUAUAUAAUAUUUAAAAAAAAAUCAUGUUCGUAAGCAUUAAUACUUUCGGGAGGUGGCUUGCCUUGUGCUAACAAUUAACAGCGACUGAAUGAUUAUAUUUCUUAAAAUGUUAUGAUGUUCACUUAAGCCAGAGCACUUUAAUUCAGAGAUGCUAUAUUAUGUUGGGCUUGCUGUAUUUGAAUGUUGGAUCUAAAUAUGUUUUGCUACCGGUGAUUUAGUGAUAAGCCAAACUGUUAAUAAAAUAGUUUUUGAAAUGUAA